GAGAGAUGCUGAGGAAGAUGAUCCAUAUGAUCUUGAAGACCUUUCUUUGGUGAUGAAGGAAUUACAAAGAACCAAAUAUAAUUCUGAAAUUCAGGAUCUGUAUUUUGAGAUGGUUUUAUUUUCAGAAUGAAAAGUAUAUAUGGUUACCUUCAUGAAUGUAGAGACAUGAGAAAAGAGUUAUGAUGGCAAAAAACAAAGAGCCUCAUCCUCCAGCCUAUACUGUCAGUGUAGUUGGACUCUCUGGGACUGAAAAAGACAAAGGGAACUGUGGAGUUGGAAAAUCUUGUUUGUGCAAUAGAUUUGUACGCUCAAAGGCAGAUGAGUAUUAUCCAGAGCAUACUUCUGUGCUUAGCACCAUUGACUUUGGAGGCCGAGUAGUAAACAAUGAUCACUUUUUAUACUGGGGUGACAUAACUCAAAAUGGUGAAGAUGGAGUAGAAUGCAAAAUUCAUGUCAUUGAACAAACAGAGUUCAUUGAUGACCAGACUUUCUUGCCUCAUCAAAGUACAAAUUUACAACCAUAUAUAAAACGUGCAGCUGCCUCUAAAUUGCAGUCAGCAGAAAAACUAAUGUACAUUUGCACUGAUCAGCUAGGCUUGGAGCAAGACUUUGAACAGAAGCAAAUGCCUGAAGGGAAGCUCAAUGUAGAUGGAUUUUUAUUGUGUAUUGAUGUAAGUCAAGGAUGUAAUAGGAAGUUUGAUGAUCAACUUAAAUUUGUGAAUAACCUUUUUGUCCAGCUAUCAAAAUCCAAAAAGCCUGUGAUAAUAGCAGCAACUAAAUGUGAUGAAUGUGUGGAUCAUUAUCUUAGAGAAGUUCAAGCAUUUGCUUCAAACAAAAAGAACCUUCUUGUAGGAACAUCAGCACGAUUUAAUGUCAACAUUGAGACAUGUUUUACUGCAUUGGUACAAAUGUUGGAUAAAACUCGUGGCAAACCUAAAAUUAUUCCCUAUCUGGAUGCUUAUAAAACACAAAGACAACUUGUUGUCACAGCAACAGAUAAGUUCGAAAAACUUGUACAGACUGUGAGAGAUUAUCAUGCAACUUGGAAAACUGUUAGUAAUAAAUUAAAAAAUCAUCCUGAUUAUGAAGAAUACAUCAACUUAGAGGGUACAAGAAAGGCCAGAAAUACGUUCUCAAAGCAUAUAGAACAACUCAAGCAGGAACAUAUAAGAAAAAGGAGAGAAGAAUAUAUAAGUUCCUUACCACGGGCUUUCAAUACUCUCUUGCCUCAUCUAGAAGAGAUUGAACAUUUGAAUUGGUUGGAAGCUUUGAAGUUAAUGAAAAAGAGAGCAGAUUUCCAGUUAUGUUUUGUGGUGCUAGAAAAAAACCCUUGGGAUGAAACUGACCACAUCGACAAAAUCAAUGAUAAACGGAUCCCAUUCGACCUCCUGAGCACUUUAGAAGCAGAAAAGGUCUAUCAGAACCAUGUUCAACAUCUGAUAUCAGAGAAAAGAAGACUGGAAAUGAAGGAGAAAUUCAAGAAGACGUUAGAAAAAAUUCAGUUCAUUUCACCUGGGCAACCAUGGGAGGAAGUGAUGUGUUUUGUUAUGGAGAAUGAAGCAUUCAAAUACAUCACUGAGGCUGAUAGCAAAGAAGUAUAUGGUCGGCAUCAGCGAGAGAUAGUUGAAAGAGCCAAAGAAGAGUUUCAGGAAAUGCUUUUUGAGCAUUCGGAACCUUUUUAUGAUUUAGAUCUUAAUGUAACACCAAGUUCAGAUAAAAUGAGUGAAAUUCAUACCGUUCUAAGUGAAGAACCUAGAUAUAAAGCUUUACAGAAACUUGCAUCUGAUAGGGAAUCUCUUCUACUUAAGCAUAUAGGAUUUGUUUAUCAUCCCACUAAAGAAACCUGCCUCAGUGGCCAAUAUUGUACAGACAUUAAAGUGGAACACUUACUUGCCAAUAGUCUUUUACAGUUGGAUCAUGGCCGCUUACGCUUGUAUCAUGAUAGUACCAAUAUAGAUAAAGUUAAUCUUUUCAUUUUAGGGAAAGAUGGCCUUGCCCAGGAACUAGCAAAUGAGAUAAGGACUCAAUCCACUGAUGAUGAGUAUGCCUUAGAUGGAAAAAUUUAUGAACUUGAUCUUCGGCCUGUUGAUGCCAAAUCGCCUUACCUUUUGAGUCAGUUAUGGACUGCAGCCUUUAAACCACAUGGGUGCUUCUGUGUAUUUAAUUCCAUUGAGUCACUGAGUUUUAUUGGGGAAUUUAUUGGAAAAAUAAGAACUGAAGCUUCUCAGAUCAGAAAUAAAUAUAUGGCUAAUCUCCCAUUUACAUUAAUUCUUGCUAAUCAGAGGGACUCCAUUAGUAAAAAUCUACCAAUUCUCAGGCACCAAGGACAGCAGUUGGCCAACAAAUUGCAGUGUCCUUUUGUAGAUGUACCUACUGGUACAUAUCCUCGUAAAUUUAAUGAAUCACAAAUAAAGCAAGCUCUAAGAGGAGUAUUGGAAUCAGUUAAACACAAUUUAGAUGUGGUGAGCACAGUUCCUAUCAAUAACGAUGUGUCGGAAGCUGACUUGAGGAUUGUCAUGUGUGCCAUGUGUGGUGACCCAUUUAGUGUGGAUCUCAUUCUCUCACCCUUCCUUGAGUCUCACUCCUGCAGUGCUGCUCAAGCUGGACAGAGUAAUUCCUUAAUGCUUGACAAAAUUAUUGGUGAGAAAAGGAGGCGCAUACAGAUCACAAUAUUGUCAUACCACUCCUCAAUUGGAGUAAGAAAAGAUGAACUGGUUCAUGGCUAUAUAUUAGUUUAUUCUGCAAAACAGAAAGCAUCAAUGGGAAUGCUUUGCGCAUUUCUGUCAGAAGUUCAAGAUACCAUUCCUGUACAACUGGUGGCAGUUACUGACAGUCAAGCAGAUUUUUUUGAAAACGAGGCCAUCAAGGAGUUAAUGAAUGAAGGAGAACAGAUUGCAACUGAGAUAACUGCUAAAUUUACAGCAUUAUAUUCUUUAUCUCAGUAUCAUCGGCAAACUGAGGUCUUUACUCUGUUUUUCAGUGACGUUCUAGAAAAAAAUAUGAUAGAAAAUUCCUAUUUGUCUGAUAACACAAGGGAAUCCACCCAUCAAAGUGAAGAUGUUUUCCUCCCAUCUCCAAGAGACUAUUUUCCCUAUAACAACUACCCUGAUUCAGAUGAUGACACAGAAGCACCACCUCCUUAUAGUCCUAUUGGGGAUGAUGUACAGUUGCUUCCAACACCCAGUGACCGCUCCAGAUACAGGUUAGAUUUAGAAGGAAAUGAGUAUCCUGUUCAUAGCACCCCAAACUGUCACGAUCAUGAACGUAACCAUAAAGUGUCUCCGCCUAUUAAACCUAAACCAGUUGUACCUAAAACAAAUGUGAAAAAACUGGAUCCAAACCUUUUAAAAACAAUUGAAGCUGGUAUUGGUAAAAAUCCAAGAAAACAGACUUCCCGGAUGCCUUUGCCACAUCCUGAAGAUAUGGAUUCUUCAGAUAACUAUGCGGAACCCCUUGACACAAUUUUCAAACAGAAGGGCUAUUCUGAUGAGAUUUAUGUUGUCCCAGAUGAUAGUCAGAAUCGAAUUAUUAAAAUUCGAAACUCAUUUGUAAAUAACACUCAAGGAGAUGAAGAAAAUGGGUUUUCUGAUAGAACCUCCAAAGGUCACGGGGAACGUAGGCCUUCAAAAUACAAAUAUAAAUCUAAGACAUUGUUUAGUAAAGCCAAGUCAUACUAUAGAAGAACACAUUCAGAUGCAAGUGAUGAUGAGGCCUUCACUACUUCUAAAACAAAAAGAAAAGGAAGACAUCGUGGAAGUGAAGACCCACUGCUUUCACCUGUUGAAACCUGGAAAGGUGGUAUCGAUAAUCCUGCAAUCACAUCUGACCAGGAGGUAGAUGAUAAGAAGAUAAAGAAGAAAACCCACAAAGUAAAGGAAGAUAAAAAGCAGAAAAAGAAAACUAAGACCUUCAAUCCACCAACACGUAGAAAUUGGGAAAGUAAUUACUUUGGGAUGCCCCUCCAGGAUCUGGUUACAGCUGAGAAGCCUAUAUCACUGUUUGUUGAAAAAUGUGUAGAAUUUAUUGAAGACACAGGAUUAUGUACUGAAGGAUUGUACCGUGUUAGUGGAAAUAAAACUGAUCAAGACAACAUUCAAAAGCAGUUUGAUCAAGAUCAUAAUAUCAAUCUAGUAUCCAUGGAAGUGACAGUAAAUGCUGUAGCUGUAGCUCUCAAAGCUUUCUUUGCUGACUUGCCAGAUCCUGUGAUUCCGUAUUCACUCCAUCCAGAGCUAUUGGAAGCAGUGAAAAUCCCAGAUAAAACAGAACGCCUUCACACCUUGAAAGAAAUUGUUAAGAAAUUUCAUCCCGUAAACUAUGAUGUAUUCAGAUAUGUGAUAAUGCAUCUAAACAGGGUUAGUGAGCAAAAUAAAAUCAACCUAAUGACAGCAGACAACUUAUCCAUCUGUUUUUGGCCGACUUUGAUGAGACCUGAUUUUGAAAAUCGAGAGUUUCUGUCUACCACUAAAAUCCAUCAAUCUGUCGUUGAAACAUUUAUUCAACUGUGCCAGUUUUUCUUUUACAAUGGAGAAAUUGUAGAAACUGCGAACGCUGUGGCUCCUCCCCCACCUUCAAAUCCAGGACAGUUGGUGGAAUCACUGGUACCCCUUCAGUUACCACCACCCUUGCAACCUCAGCUAAUUCAACCGCAAUUGCAGGCAGACCCUCUUGGUAUUAUAUGAGUAGAAUGUGAUUGCAAAUGGCCUGAAAUUGGACAAAAGCAAAUCUAGACAUGCAUGUUUCAGGGUUUAGUAGUAUAUUUCAUGUUUCAUACAGAUAAUCCACAUUCAAAAUGAUGAGACAUUUUCUCUUUGAACUAUAUGGUAUUCCCUGUUCACAUACAUUACGAAUUCUAAAAACAUGGUAAGCAUG